CAAGUGCGGGUUUUCUCCUUGAACCUAGAAGAUUAUGGGUCAGGAGCUGUGUGCAAAGACUCUCCAGCCUGGAUGCAGCUGCCAUCGCUGUUGGGAGGGAGGCGAUGCACACAGCUGUCAGAGGAGUGCGCCUGUGACAAUGGAGGCUGCGAUCGAGCUAACAGACCUAAAAGAAGCAUCAUGUUCCAUGACUUCAUUUCACCCCAGGGGACUUCAGGCUGUCCGUGCCCGGAAGUUCAAGAGUAAAAGGCCACGGAGUAAUAGCGAUUCUUUUCAGGAAGAGGAUCUGAGGCAGGGUUUUCAGUGGAGGAAAAGCCUUCCCUUUGGGGCAGCCUCAUCUUACUUGAACUUGGAGAAGCUGGGUGAAGGCUCUUAUGCUACAGUUUACAAGGGGAUUAGCAGGAUAAACGGACAACUAGUGGCUUUAAAAGUCAUCAGCAUGAAUGCAGAGGAGGGAGUCCCAUUUACAGCCAUCCGGGAAGCUUCUCUCCUGAAGGGUUUGAAACAUGCUAAUAUUGUGCUCCUGCAUGACAUAAUCCACACCAGAGAGACACUGACAUUCGUUUUUGAAUACAUGCACACAGACCUGGCCCAGUAUAUGUCUCAGCACCCAGGAGGGCUUCAUCCUUACAACGUCAGGCUUUUCAUGUUUCAACUUUUGCGGGGCCUGGCGUACAUCCACCACCAACACGUUCUUCACAGGGACCUGAAACCUCAGAACUUACUCAUCAGUCACCUGGGAGAGCUCAAGCUGGCUGAUUUUGGUCUUGCUCGGGCCAAGUCCAUUCCCAGCCAGACAUACUCUUCAGAAGUUGUGACUCUCUGGUACCGCCCUCCUGAUGCCUUGCUGGGAGCCACUGAAUAUUCCUCUGAACUGGACAUAUGGGGUGCAGGCUGCAUCUUUAUUGAAAUGUUCCAGGGUCAGCCCUUGUUUCCUGGAGUUUCCAACAUCCUUGAACAGCUGGAGAAGAUCUGGGAGGUGCUGGGAGUCCCUACGGAGGAUACCUGGCCAGGAGUUUCCAAGCUACCUAACUACAAUCCAGAAUGGUUCCCACUGCCGAAGCCCCAGAGCCUUCAGAAUGUCUGCAACAGGUUGGGCAGGGCUCCGGAAGCCGAAGACCUGGCCUCCCAAAUGCUGAAAGGCUUUCCGAGAGACCGCGUCUCCGCCCAGGAAGCACUGGUUCACAGUUAUUUCAGUGCCCUGCCGGCUCAGCUGCACCAGCUGCCUGAUGAAGAGUCUUUGUUUACAGUUUCGGGAGUGAGGCUAAAGCCAGAAAUGUGUGACCUUUUGGCCUCCUACCGGAAAGGUCACCACCCAGCUGGGUUUAGCAAAUGCUGGUGAAAAGAAAAGGCGAGAUCACCAAGA